AUGCCCCUGUUCUUCUCUCACCAUUUGCCUGUAUCUUCUCAUUCACUCCCUUAUUCCUUCCAAUCCAAGAUUAGCCAUUAUCUUAUGCCCCUGUUCUUCUCUCACCAUUUGCCUGUAUCUUCUCAUUCACUCCCUUAUUCCUUCCAAUCCAAAAUUAGCCAUUAUCUUAUGCUCCUGUUCUUCUCUCACCAUUUGCCUGUAUCUUCUCAUUCACUCCCUUAUUCCUUCCAAUCCAAGAUUAGCCAUUAUCUUAUGCCCUGUUCUUCUCUCACCAUUUGCCUGUAUCUUCUCAUUCACUCCCUUAUUCCUUCCAAUCCAAAAUUAGCCAUUAUCUUAUGCCCCUGUUCUUCUCUCACCAUUUGCCUGUAUCUUCUCAUUCACUCCCUUAUUCCUUCCAAUCCAAGAUUAGCCAUUAUCUUAUGCCCCUGUUCUUCUCUCACCAUUUGCCUGUAUCUUCUCAUUCACUCCCUUAUUCCUUCCAAUCCAAAAUUAGCCAUUAUCUUAUGCCCCUGUUCUUCUCUCACCAUUUGUCUGUAUCUUCUCAUUCACUCCCUUAUUCCUUCCAAUACAAGAUUAGCCAUUAUCUUAUGCCCCUGUUCUUCUCUCGCCAUUUGCCUGUAUCUUCUCAUUCACUCCCUUAUUCCUUCCAAUCCAAGAUUAGCCAUUAUCUUAUGCCCUGUUCUUCUCUCACCAUUUGCCUGUAUCUUCUCAUUCACUCCCUAUUCCUUCCAAUCCAAAAUUAGCCAUUAUCUUAUGCCCCUGUUCUUCUCUCACCAUUUGUCUGUAUCUUCUCAUUCACUCCCUUAUUCCUUCCAAUACAAGAUUAGCCAUUUUCUUAUGCCCCUGUUCUUCUCUCACCAUUUGUCUGCAUCUUCUCAUCCUCUCCCUUAUCCCAUUCAAUCCGACUAA